AUUGGUUGAAACAGACAUUUACUGAACGAAUUCAAAGAACAGCGAAGUGAAGGAAGAAUAAAGUUUAUGUCGGGAAUACAGUAACAAGAUAAGAGAAAGGCGGCGGAACGGACGUCUGACAGCUGGAGAACGGAGGAGGACGAGCGGACAUCUUUGUUGUUUGACCAUGUGACUGUAGCGUCGCUGAACACAAUGAGCAAGAGGAGAAGCGAGCUAGAGGGUCGACUCGACGGCCUGUUGUCCCGCAUUGCCAUGGAAACGCAGGAAAUUAAAGAGCUGGAGCAGCUGCUGACUGAUGGUCAGAUCUUGGCGAACGAGGUUCUAAAGAGGGAUUUGGAGGGAGUGAUCUGUGGACUUCAGAAAUACCUCGGAGAGCUUAAACAACAGGCUCAGUCCUCACAGCAGCAAGUGGACAGUCUGCAGUCUGAAAACCAGACUCUGCGGCUCCACCUGGAGGACGCUGAGGGACGCUACAGGCAGCUGGAGCAGAGGCUCACACAGGAGGCGGAGCUGGAGCGGAGUCGUGCUGAACUUCGGGCCGUCCAGCAGGAGCGGGACGUUCUGCGGCAGCAGCUGGACUCGCUGGGCGAUGACCACCGGAGGAGCAUCGGCCACCUCAACAGGAAAGUACGGCAGCUCAGGAGGUCCAUGAGUGAUGCUGAUCAGCUGACAGCAGAGCGGCUGACAUGCACCACGGAGCAGCUGAGAGCUCUGAACUACAGGAUGGAGCUGCUGCAGACUCAGGUGUGCGCCGACAGGUGUGAGGAAGAAGACACAGAAAGACGAGCCAAGAAGAAGAAUAAGAAGCUCAGACUGGAAAACUCAGACCAGCGGCACCGACGACAUGGGAGUGUGAUGCAGGUCUGCGAUGAGGUGGAGUGUGUGGAGAAAACGCUGCUGAAGAGGCGAGCCGAGCUGCGAGAAGCCGACCGGCGGCUGCUGGAAGCUCAGCGCUGCGUGCACGCCACCAGAGACCAGGCUGCUGAGCUGCAGCACAGAGUUGAGGACAGCGCCACCUGUCUGCUGGAGGCUGCCGAGCACCUUAGGACGCUUCAGGACGAGGAGCAGCAGCUGACGGAGAGGAGGCAAAAGCAGCAGCGGGCUCUGGUGGAGUUGGAAGAGAUGCUGAGGAGGAGAAAUGAGGAGCUCCAACAGCUAAACAGGAAGACUGACGCAGCAGCAGACAGACUCGCUGACGUGCUCUCAGACUGCCAGGAGGCUCAGAGGCGUCUGGACUCACUCACCUGUCAGGAGAAGCAGCGAGAAGCUCAGAGCAGGGAGGAAGAGCGAAGACUGGCUGCGUUGAAGGCGGAGCUUAGCAUGCAGCGAGCAGAGCUGAAACGCGUUCUGCUGGAGCAGCAGGCACUGACAGAUGUGAAACACAAACGUACCCAGAAAGAGGAGGAGCUCCAACAGGAAGUGGGAAACCAAAGAGAAGAAGCUUCGUCUCAUCUCAAAGCUGCCAAACAGCAUCAGCGCUGCCGUCUGAAGAAGCAGCAGCAGAGCUCAGCGGUUCGGAACCACAGACCGGACCUGCUGACACUCCGGUGAUGACCCCUCCCUGAUUUCCUCUGCAGCAGUUCGUG